AUGAAGACCCCUCUGCAAACUUCUGACUUGCUCUUCACCACUUCAGCGACCAAAUUCUCGGAGACACUAAAAUCUAUCAAGCGUUCCACAUUGUCCAUCUCCAAUCGGUUGCGGUCUAUCGAGCAAGACUCCCAGUUCGUCUACGCGGUAGCGGAUGCGUAUAAUUUGCCAUUGAUCGCGAAUGAAAGAUGCGGUUCAUGGUAUAUACCGCCAGAACGGAAGGCCGGCAGCGCAUACUUCAAAUCUACGGAUGGACAUAUAGGCGAAUGGUCGUUCAGUUUGCGGAGGCUGAACACGCAAGUACUCGAUGUAAUCGGGCAGCAUGAUGGGUGCAUUAUUGUUGACUCUACGCGGAGGGGCAAGAGAAUGCCCGAUGCACUCAGCAAGACCAUCCCGAUAUGGUGUGCCGUGCUGAACAGAGCUUUGUUUCCUGAGCAGACCAAUGCUCAUCAAUUGCACAGCCCGCCAAUAUCAGUCUCUGGAUCCGAGCACUCGCAAAUAGAAGCUCGUUUGAGAUUUUUCUUAGGUCAAUUCCAGGCACGUCUUCAACUUGGUCUUCCUCUCUCCGCGUUCCGAGAGAAGCUUUCUAAACCACUUCGCCCGUUGUGGGUAACUCAAGAAAGCAUCCUGCCAGCGGGACCGUCUGCUUUUGACGCCUUCCAUCCCGUGAUCCUCUGUACCGCUUCCCGUCGAGUGCCGGGGGGUGAGGUAUCUGAAGGCGGUUACAUCCAAGGCGCCGGGGACGAUAGUGAAGGAUGGGCCUCCGGGCUCACCUCAGAAUUGUUCUGGCAGAACAAAGAGAGGCUUAUGCGCACCUCUGAGGAAGACCUACCUGAUCUAAUCCAGGAGCUUGUUGAGGUUGCUUGCUCGAACGUUGCUGGAGGGAAACCCAUUCUUAUUGAGCCUACAGCCGUUUUCCAUCUGAGUACUACCGACAUAGCCGCCACAGUGUGCAAAGAGUUCGAUGCAAUCGUAUCUUGCGGAGCAACGGAAGAUGCCGGUCUUAGAGAACUCCUAAAGAGCAACUAUCUCCAUCUUCAAUGUACGGCUGGCAAGUUAGGCAGUCGGGAUCUACGGGGAGAGCUCCACAAGCUUAACGAUUUCCUUGUAUCCAGACCGCCGGUGAAAAGCAUACUCAUCUGCUGUUCAACAGGAAAAGACCUAUCAGUGGGUGUUGCUCUUGCAGCUCUGUGUAUGUGUUGUGACGACAACGUGCUCUUUCUAGGCAAUCUCAAACCCCAAUCUUCGACAGAGAGUAUCACCAAAGCUCUCAUCCGCCAACGUCUCAGCUGGAUCAUGACUUCGCAUCCGCCUGCUAAUCCGUCUCGUGCAACCCUCCAAUCCGUCAAUGCCUUUCUGAUGCAGCGGCCGUGUCCGCCAGUAGCAAUACAACAACCUCAGCCUGCAGCAAACGGCCACCUGCAAGAACACGUCCGGUUGGUGUCAAUCGAAGCUCCGAGUGCAUCCCCACCGCCGGAUCGCUCUACUGUACUGCAAGCAGCCCGACCAUUCUCAACCACGGGGACCUUCCACGGUCUCUCCGGGUCUUGGACGAUCAACCGGACGCUCACGAGCUACCAUUCAGCUCUUCCUUCUGGAACCUUUACCGGCAAUGCCACCUUUACCGCACGUACGCCGACAUCCCGCGUUAAGAAUGUAGAUGCAGAGUACCUAUACUCUGAGGCUGGUGUCUUCAAGACCAAUACCGGGCUGGAGAUGCAUGCCGGCCGGAAGUACAUUUACAGGCUGCAGACGGGCACUGAAGAGAUUAGCGUUUGGUUUGUUGGCGACGACGGUGAAAGCGCCGCGGGGCUCGGCUGGCGGCUGGGUUCCGAUCAGCUGGAUGAUCAUGGAAAGAUGGUAAUGAAAGGAGGGCAUCUCUGCGGCGAAGAUCAGUACGAUGCGAGAUACGAGUUCCAGAGGAAUACUGAUCAGCAAGAAUCCUCCAUUGAGAGGUUUCGGCUGAUAUACCAAGUCAAAGGACCGAGGAAGAACUACUUGAGCGAGACAUGGUUUACACGGUAA